CAAAAAGUAUUUUCCUAGGAAAGACUACCGAGGCCGCCCCCAUUGAUGUUCCAAGAAUGCUGUAUGUUUACUUUCUAGCAAGCGAGUUGUCUGUAGCUGCACUGAGUCGCUUUCAUCGCGUUCUAGCGUCUGCUUCGUACAACUGAAAGUCACACCAACGAUCAGCAUUUUUCUUGAGUGGAGGCAGCGAACGAAAGAAUAUGCUUAUUUCUCUGUUUUCUUCUUGUGAUAGCAUUUUGUACCGUAGGUCCUAUUUUAGGUAUGCCCUUACUACACGACCAGGUCGGUUAUAUCUAGCCGAACAAAAUCAAAGAUGGAGCCCUCCAGAAACACCCCCUCCUCCACCUCCUCCUCCGCCGCCGCGCCACCGCCUCCGGAGCCAAAAUGGGUCGUAUCAAGUGCAAAAAUGUCUGGGUCUGGAAGAUUUCUAGAUUUGCCAUGCAUAUUUUCCAUGAGCAAUGAUGUCUGUAAUACAUGCCGCAGCAUCACAAAUUUUUAGAGGGCUUUGUGAUACCUCUACCGCAUGAGAAAUGCCGUCUCCGCGUAGGACAAACCCGACCCCUAUCCUUGCUGGUCAUGCAAUACAAAUUUUUUUUAGAAUCCACAGACAGCAUCACAAGUUGUGACCUUCCAGACCCAGACAUUUUUGCAGUUGAUAGGUCGCGAAGAUGAGCAAUUUUGCGAUCCAAUACAACCUCACCUGUGCCUCUGCCGCACUCGCUGUGAUAAGAGAUGCAAACGCUAAUAUCAAUCCGAGCGAGACUCCACCGCCCGGGGCGAUUCCCGCAGAGCCCGCCUGGGCGUCCCAAUUCCUUCUCGCCGCUGUCUUCGCCGGGACGCUGGUCGGGAUGCUCACGAUGGGCUACCUAGGCGACAAACUCGGAAUCCAGACGGCUAUGAUCUUGACCCAGGGCAUCACCGUGCUCGCCGCCUUUUGCAACGUCUUUGUUGCGCCGUUGUGGCUCGGGAAUGGGGGCGGGGAAGGACCGGUGGUGGAAAGGAGCGGAACACCAGCAACAUCAAGUUUUGACCCGGUACUACAAACGCAUCCUCAAGCCGGCGCGGAGGGAUUCUAUUCCGGUUUCGUUUUCGCGAGGUUCUUCCUAGGCGUCGGUGUUGGCGGGAUGUACCCACUCUCCGCUGCGAGUUCCGUUGCUUCGAUGAGCACAACUACCGCCUCAAAUAACGAAAUAAACCCUCCUGAUGAACCGCGCACCAACUACCCCUCCGCGAUUGCGAAGCAGGCCGGGAAAGCGUUUCUGUGGCAGACGCCGGGCGUGAUUGCGCCGUACCUGGUGACGUUGCUGGUCUGCGAUAGCGCGAUCGACAGCAGCGGGGGUGCAGCGAUUAGUACUUCGAAGAACUGUAUCAAAGAAAAAAAGUUCGUCACGAUCACUCAUGCGCAUUCUUGCAAUACAAAAUUGUUUGUCAUGCGUAAAAAUGCAUCACAGCCAAACUUUAUUAGGGAUCUCCCUAGUGUUUCUGCAAUACAAGGAAAGUUUGUGAUGCUGAGAAAACUUCUAAUGCAAAACCUGCAAGUUAGUGACUGUGACAAACUUUUUUCUCUCCAUAAACUGGUCUGUUCUGUCCCAGUUCCAGACUAUUGUCGGACUGGGGAUGGUGCCCUGCUGUCUGGUGCUCGGGAGGCACUGCUACGCGGUUUGGGCCGUCGGUGGGAGAAGAGGGAAUACUGCAACAGGGAGCGUGAGGACGGUGGGUACUGCAACUGCUGGUGCAGCGCAGCAAGUGCAACCACGACCAGCGGGCCUCGAGAUAGCACGCGAUGUGGAGCUCGGGCAUUCAAACUUAUGGAAGUGAAGAAAAAGUAGUAUGUUGACAGGGUUUUUGUCAUGCUGAAGCUGAGUGAACUGUUGUGUCGAGGAAAAUAGAGGAGCGAAAACGCCAGAUACACUGAGGAACAAAAAUAAUCAUGACGCAUUAUAAAUAUAUCCUGUUACAACGCUACACGUUCACUAGCAUAUGGCACGCUUUCAGCAUCUUCAGCAGCUGCAAACGCGCGAGGACGUGAUCAGCAGCGCCAACAAGGAGCAGUGUACAAUCCGAAUCUGCGGGAGGAGCUGUUGUCCACAAGUGCAGCGGGGGCCCAUGCACACCAGUCGCAGUCGGGUAGUAGAUCGGUUCUUCAGUCACCUUCAGGCAGUUCCUCGUCCAGCAGCAUGGACAAAAGGCUUCUCCUUCUCCUGAUCGGCAGCGGCGGCACCUGGUUUCUGUUCGACGUUAGCUUUUUAUGAGAGUGCACAACCUGCCCCCUCAUUUGUAUGGCAUGAAAAGCAAUACAAACAGCACCAUACGUGGAGCCUGUGCAUGACAAACUCAUGUGCCGAAUGUAGUACUGUUUGGGCUCCCAGAAUCUGUCAUGCAAACAGUACCACAGGGAUGCACUUGAAUUUGGGAUUUUGCAUGACAAACGAGGGGGAGGGAGAGUUGUGCACUGUUAUACUUUUACGGCACAUCCGUCUUCGCUCCGUUCAUCAUCGUAUGAAAGUGCACAACCCCGCCCCCUCCCCCUCAUUUGUAUUGCAUGAACAGCAAUACAAGCGUCAGCAAGAAUACAGGUUUUGCAUGACAAAUUUGCACUGGAUUGUGGUGCUCUUUGGGCUUCCAGGAUUUGUCAUGCAAACAGUGCUACAAGGCAGCAGCUGGAUUUGGAAUUUUGCAUGACAAAUGAGGGGGAGGGGGAGUUGUGCACUGUCAUACAUCGAAAAGAUUCUCCCACAGGCAUCCCUUCAAGCGGUCUGCUGGCAAACGGUGUUGUCGAAUCUGGUCGGCGUGGUUGGUUCCCUCCUCUCGGUCGCGCACGUAAGCAGUACCAGCUGCCGACAGGGACUGAGGCUCGGGUUUGUGCUUUUAGCGACGGCUUUUUUUCUCUUCUCCGUCGUUGAGCAUUUCAAGAUCGAGCUGCCGCCACUUGUUUCUGGGGAUCCGAAGAAAACGGAGGGGUUACUGGCGCUGAUCCUCUAUUACGUGCUGCUUGUUUGCUGCAACUUCGGCCCGAACGUCGCAACCUACGUCUUGCCCAUGGUGUGCUUCCCGAAAGAGUCGCGCGUGACGUACCACGGCCGGUCAGCCGCGUGCGGGAAAGCGGGGGCCUUUCUGGGGACGCUGGUCUACCCGUUGUGUUUGCCGGUCGUGGGUGUGCCGGGGAUCAUGGGGAUUCAAGCGGUUGUGAGCUUCCUGGGGUACGUUAUUGCGGAACUGUUUGUGGGCGAAGGGGAGGGAGGUGGUGAACAGACCGGGAGUGGUGCUCCUGCGCGAGAUGUAGCACUUGUAUCACGAGACAGCCGUGGUGGACAACAGCGGGCGCAGCUUCCGCUUUCUACGACGGCGCAUAGUGCGACGGCUGCUGGCUCGGCAGCCGCGGGAUCAAUUUCUUCUACUCCCGCCUCCAGCACCGGUGUGCAGCAUCUCGGUUCUGACUCAGGUGUUAGCCUGACCGCGAGUCUCAUGGCGGACGGGAAGGAUCAGCCACUGUCGACAACUGGGAGUGUCAUCAGCCCGGACGAUGACAGCACGUCGCUGGCGUCGUUUGCGAGCGGGUCGAACUCGCGGUGAAUCGGCGGUGAUGGUGCAGCUUGCGUGUUGCGGCGAGUCUCGGGUAGUACACUAGCUACAACGCCCAAAUUGUGACGAUACAGUACAAAAUUAUGAUUUUUUGGUAGUUUUUGGUCUUACAUGAACUUUCACACGAGAUCGCCUCUUGUCCUAUAUUAUAAGAAGGCUGAUUAGAAAGAAACACAACUGUAGUUGAAAGCUACAUAACACGCUGCAGAAAGUACUCGAACCAGCAUGAACGCGGAAAGCGACAGUCAUAUUCUUGUGUCGAUACGCACUGUGGUGCGCGGCAGGGGCAGCGCAAUCUAGGACUACAAGUUUGAGUGGAAACUGUUGUAGCCGACAUGUGUGUGCAGCUAU